AUGUACAUGUGUGUACCAGAGUGUGAUCCCAUGUACAUGUGUGUACCAGAGUGUGAUCCCAUGUAUAUGUGUGUACCAGAGUGUGAUCCCAUGUACAUGUGUGUACCAGAGUGUGAUCCCAUGUAUAUGUGUGUACCAGAGUGUGAUCCCAUGUAUAUGUGUGUACCAGAGUGUGAUCCCAUGUACAUGUGUGUACCAGAGUGUGAUCCCAUGUAUAUGUGUGUACCAGAGUGUGAUCCCGUGUAUAUGUGUGUACCAGAGUGUGAUCCCAUGUACAUGUGUGUACCAGAGUGUGAUCCCAUGUAUAUGUGUGUACCAGAGUGUGAUCCCAUGUACAUGUGUGUACCAGAGUGUGAUCCCAUGUACAUGUGUGUACCAGAGUGUGAUCCCAUGUAUAUGUGUGUACCAGAGUGUGAUCCCAUGUAUAUGUGUGUACCAGAGUGUGAUCCCAUGUACAUGUGUGUACCAGAGUGUGAUCCCGUGUAUAUGUGUGUACCAGAGUGUGAUCCCAUGUAUAUGUGUGUACCAGAGUGUGAUCCCAUGUAUAUGUGUGUACCAGAGUGUGAUCCCAUGUACAUGUGUGUACCAGAGUGUGAUCCCAUGUAUAUGUGUGUACCAGAGUGUGAUCCCAUGUACAUGUGUGUACCAGAGUGUGAUCCCGUGUAUAUGUGUGUACCAGAGUGUGAUCCCAUGUACAUGUGUGUACCAGAGUGUGAUCCCAUGUAUAUGUGUGUACCAGAGUGUGAUCCCAUGUACAUGUGUGUACCAGAGUGUGAUCCCAUGUACAUGUGUGUACCAGAGUGUGAUCCCAUGUACAUGUGUGUACCAGAGUGUGAUCCCAUGUACAUGUGUGUACCAGAGUGUGAUCCCAUGUAUAUGUGUGUACCAGAGUGUGAUCCCAUGUAUAUGUGUGUACCAGAGUGUGAUCCCAUGUACAUGUGUGUACCAGAGUGUGAUCCCAUGUACAUGUGUGUACCAGAGUGUGAUCCCAUGUACAUGUGUGUACCAGAGUGUGAUCCCAUGUACAUGUGUGUACCAGAGUGUGAUCCCAUGUACAUGUGUGUACCAGAGUGUGAUCCCGUGUACAUGUGUGAUCCCGUGUACAUGUGUGUACCAGAGUGUGAUCCCGUGUACAUGUGUGAUCCCGUGUACAUGUGUGUACCAGAGUGUGAUCCCGUGUACAUGUGUGUACCGGAGUGUGAUCUCGUGUACAUGUGUGUACUGGAGUGCGAUUCCGUGUGUACCAUAUUGUGA